AUGAUCAUAAAAUCAUCCACUUUCAGGGCCCACAUCGGCGUCGACCCCAACAGCAACCAGAUCGCGUACCUCGUCAAAGAGGCGGCCGCAGUAGGGGAGCUCCAGCGCAGCGGCGCCCUCGCGCUGCGAUACGCCUCGCUCGCCGCCGAGCGCGGCGUCCGCGCGGCCGCCGCGGCGCUCGGCCACGCGUUCGCGACCGGCGGCGGCGUGGGGGAGGGGGCGCUCGACGGGCCGUGCCCCGCGCUCGCGGUCAGGUGGCUGCGGGCCGCGUUGGGCGCACAGGGCGACGGCGGCGCCGGCACAGUUGCGGACGCAGCUGCCGAGGGCGUGAGCGCGCUUUCGCUGGGCUACCCCAGCGUGAUCACCGCGAACAUCGCGAUGGCGCGGUCCGCCUCGUCAGCACCAGGCGCGGACGAGCUGAGCGGCAGCGGCGGCGGCGCGGAGGACGACGAGUCAGGCAGCGGCGGCGGCGGCGGCGGGGCGUCGGGGACGGCCGGCGCUUCGUCUUACAACAGCUGGGGUGGCGAGGUGGAGGAGGGGGGGCUGGAGGAGGGCGCGCUGUGCGCGCUGCGGGGCCCCAGCGGGGUGGGGCGCGCGGCGUCGCAGGUGGAGACUGUGGAGCAGGCCUUCGCGCUGCUCGCUGAGGCGGAGGCCGAGGGCCUCCCCGGCGGCACCCAGGCGCCCCACGAGCUGCACGCUGAGCUGGCGCGCCUCCUGCUGGCCGGCGGCCCCGGUCUGCCACCCGACCCGGCGGCGGCGGCGGAGGCGUACACGCUGGCGGCGGAGGCUGCGGAGGCGGCGUUCAAGGGGAAGCUGGCCGCCAGGUUCUACGAGCUGGCCGCCCAGGCUGAGGCCGCGGCGGACGAGUGA